GUGAAAUUUGCCGCUCCACCACCACUGUCCGCAGCACGCUCCAAGCAGCCAACCAAGCAACCAACCACAACACCCCGCAGCCCUUCCUUCCCUUCCUACUUUCUUGCUUGCCUUGCUCGGCCGAGCCAUGCAAGGAACAAUGAUGGUGGCUGUGGCAACACUGCAAGUGUUGGUGGUUGCCACCAUGAUCGCCAACGCACAUGCACGCUCAACCACUGCAAACGCUUUCGCCCACAACAAUCAGCUCUGCUCGGAUGUACACGGCACACUGGACAGCAUGGCGCGUGUGCUUGAAGCGCACGACGUCCCGUUCUUCCCCAAGCACCAUGUCGACAAGAUACACAACGGCAGUCACAAUGACACUACGACCGGACACAAAACGACACGGGAAAACACGCUACUCUCUUCGCUUGUCGACCUGUCUCCAAUUCAUCGCAUGAUGACUGCGUUUGGGUGUGACGAUCGAAAUGAGGACAGCAGCAAAGACAAACAACAUCUUGAAGGAGAUCACAGGACACCACCGGCUCCACUGUUGACAACCACCACCGCGCACGUGGAAGAGAAGGUGAAUGACAUCCGCCGCAACAACGCAACGACCAAGCUACCGUUCCAACAACAGUCACAACCCCAACACAGCCGAGUGCGACGAAAUCAAGACCCUGUUGUACAUGCAGGGCAGUGCACGCUGGCGAGCGUGGUCGAUGGCUCGUGUCCUGGUCCGACAAUCAACGGCAGCCUUGUAAUCUCAGUCGAGGACACCGAGUCGCCCGAUGAAGAAACAGAUGCAAGCACAUUGCGCAGCAUCUCUCCGCGGGUGACCAGGCUUGUAUUGAAUGGGCACAUUGAAGCAGAAGCGCUGGAGUGGGUUGUGACCAACGGCAAUUGGACGAUGUGCCGCUCUUUCUCGGCCAUGGGCGUGCAGUUUCCCACGCUUCAGUUGAGCGUGCUCAACCCAAUGACAAGCGUCGAUACCAUCAAUAUCUGCGACAGCAAAGUGCUUCGAGCACUCGGCACCGACGGCUUUGCCCUCUCACACGAGCUCGUCCACAUGGACUUGCACAACAAUUCCCUCACAUCUGUCCCAGACGUAUCUGGCAUGACCUCGCUGUCAACCCUCAGCUUGCACAACAACCGCAUCCGUGGCAUCGCAAAGGACGAUUUCAAGGGCUUGCCAGUCCUGCAGCAGCUGCUUCUUGGCGAGAACCUCAUUUCUGAGAUUGAAUCACGGGCAUUCGAUGACCUCACUCAGCUGCAGGUGCUGACCCUGUUUGCCAACGAAAUCAGCACCAUCCAUUUCGACCUGUUCCAUCGUCUCAUGAGCCUCACAAAGCUUCAGCUGCAUCAGAACCCCAUCACAGAGCUUGACGCUCACGUUUUUGCUGGGCUGCCCAAGCUGGAUCAUCUGAGUCUCGAGGACAUGCUCCUCACCAGCUUGCCAGCAACGCUAUUCCGAAAGAACACGCGCCUCACUGUGUUGAACUUGGCGGGAAACUUCAUCACGUCCCUGCCCAAGACCAUCUUCUCUGGUCUGUCAUAUCUGCAGGGGCUGCAAAUCUUCAACAACCGCCUGUCUUCGCUGCCACCAGGCGUACUCGAGGACUUGGCGGCGCUGAAGGUCCUUGACUUGUCGAGGAACGAGCUGACGUCCAUGCCUGACGACCUACUUCAGUUCAACCGCUUUCUCGACGAGUUCUUCUGUGCAAACAGCCAUCUCACCCAGCUUCCACCCAAUUUGUUCGCCAACACCCCAGACCUGCGACUGGUGUCUUUCGCCAACAACGAUCUUCACUCCAUCGACAAUGUGCUUGCAGGAGCGUCCCUGCCUUCCUUGGUUGCCCUUAACCUCAACAACAAUCACCUGACGGAGUUGCAUCUGUCCAAAGAAUUGCCUGCCUUUCGCAGGUUUGGCUUGAGCAGCAACCCCAUGCAGGAGCUGCCAGACGUCACCCUCGCGCCUGCCCUGAAAACCAUGCGGCUGCAGAACCACGAAAUCAAGCACAUGGACUUGGCGCCACUUCUUCGUUUGUCCAACCUCGACAUCCUUGAGCUCGAUGCGUCUCCCCAAGCAGAGUCCAAGGCAGUGUUGACGGACGCCAACAUCGGUAGCGUCGCGCCGUUAUCAGUGCUCAGUUUGGAGAAUGUCGACGUCACUUCCGUGAUCCCAUUACUUGAACGCCUCCCGUCGCUGAGUCUCGAUGCCCUGCAUGUGGGCUGGCCGGGCGCCAGCAACGCCACGCUCCCAAUCAGCAAGGUGUGCAUGCUGCUCGCAAAAAGCGUGCGAGAGCUUCGCAUCGCCAACACGAACUACGAAGCCAUUGAGUUGUGUGCUGACAGAACAUUCCACUCCAUCCUUCUGAACGACAACGAGCACCUGCGGUCUGUCACCGUCCACAAUCCGCUGCGUGAGCUGAAUAUGUCCGGGUGCACCCACCUCACUUCUAUCGACGCUCCUCCGAUUGACAUCCUCGACAUCAGCAACACCAAUUUCCUGCCCGUUGCUGCGCUGUGUACACGCUGGGGCAGACGCAUUCUCUUCGCCCGCAACUUGGCCGGAACCAUUGACACACGACAAGCGGCGGCAACUGCACGCAACUGCCUUCAGCGAGCGGAUGUGAUAGAUCUUUCUGGCAACACGUGGUUGGGUCAACUGGAGGAGAUCAAUCGCGUGACAGAGAGAUCAGUUGUCUUGUCAGAAGAACAAGAUUGGACGGCUGACCUGGUCCCUCUUCCAAGCCGGUCCACCCCUCCCAUCCUCCAACUCACUGAUGCGCCGAUUGAAUGUGCGCUUCAGCUGUCAAACCGGGAUCUGCGUCGACAGAGUGAUCUCUUCACAUUUACGCCGCAGAUUGUGUUCUCCUUCCACUGCACGUGCGCGCGGGGUUUCAAGAUGACAUCAGAUGGACGGUGUGUGUUAGAUGAGCCCAACAUCGCUGGCGUUGCCGCUGGCUCCGUGAUUGGCGGGCUGUUCUUCGGCCUGUUCGUGGCGUGGCUGUCACGCCACUACCGUGGCCUGACGAAACGCAUCGGCCUGCAGGAGCAGUUGCUGGUGGAGAUGGACGAGGAGGUGAUGGCGCUGAAGAAGGCGUGGGAGAUUGAGUAUGGUGAGCUGAGACUUGUUGAGCGUGUUGCUGCGGGUGCUUUUGGCGUGGUGUUCAAGGCGGAGUGGGACACAGUCAUGGUGGCAGUGAAAGUACUGCAGCAAGGGGUGAUGAUGUUUGACGAGAACACGGUGCAGGAAUUUGAGAAGGAGGUGGAGUUCCUGCAACGGACACGCCACCCGAAUGUGGUGCGGUUCUUUGGGGCGGGCACAGACCCCAACGGCAGCCCGUUCCUUGUGCUGGAGUUUGUUGCUCUGGGAUCGCUCAAGGACCUGCUGGGGAAGGACAUGGAGAAUGUGUUGAGGGAGGCGGAACAAGGGGAGCGAAGUAGUGAAGAUGGUGCAAGGCAGGAUGUAACAACAUCUGACAUCGUGGGUGAAGAAUUGACGUUGGUGAGCACUGAAAGCGAUAGAAGGCCUGAGACGAUGACUGUGUGGGACUUGAAACUGCGGCUACUGCGCGAUGUCGCCAGUGGCAUGGCCUUUACCCACAGCCUCGACCAGAUGCACCGAGACUUGAAGAGCGUCAACGUGCUUGUUUCAUCAUCGCUUCGUGCCAAGAUUACGGAUUUCGGGUCCAUCCGCCGGUGCUUCACCCGUGACAGGCACCAACGACAGCGCACCCGCCUAUCGUCCAGUCGUGAUGAUGAUGGUGAUGGCCCCGAAUACAACCAGCAAGCUGGACUGCAAACGAUGGCGGGCACGGCGCUGGCAGCUGGCGUGGGCACACCGCUGUACAUGGCACCAGAGGCACUGACGGGUGACAAGUGUAGCUUCGAAGCAGACAUCUUCAGCUUUGGCGUGCUCAUGUGGGAGGUGGCGACCCAGCGCACCCCCGACUUGAUUGAGCAGGAGAAGGGCAGUGACUUCAGAGGGCCACUGCUGACAGCCAUUGCGAAGCUCUUGACGGAGGGGAAGCGCCUCAAGUUUGACGACAGCGAAAAAGCUGCCAUCCCCGAGUGGUUCCAGUCGCUGACGUACAAGUGCAUGGCGCAGAACCCGCAUGAGCGCCCGUCGUUUGGAGAAUUGAAAGACCACCACUUUGCUUGAUUGUGCAGCUGUGUGUGUGUGUGUGUGUGUGUGUGUGUGUGUGUAGGUUUGUGUAGGUGUGUCUGUAGAGCUUUGUGCCCGUGUAGCUUUGUGUACGUGUGUCUGUGAGGGUGAGGUCCCUAGGUCCUGAGGUCUGUGCCUCGACGCCUCUAGGCCUCGAGUCUUCAAAAAAAC